GCACGCUACCCCUCCUGUUCUGGUUGGUGGGCCCAUCCCCUGCAGCCGGAUCUGCCUGGCGCUCGCUGCUCCUCCAACCUUUCUUUCCACUCCUCCCCAAGAAUUCUCACCUCCGGCCUCACACUCGCAGCGUGAGAGAGACAAGCGGAGCGGCGGCCAUGGCGCGAGAGCUGAGCAAGGAGAACCUGGAGUGGGUCCUCAUGCAGGCCAUGAUGGCCGCCAAGAACGUGCGCACGCAGCGCGACCGCCUCCUGGAGCUCCACCGCCGCCUGGAGCGCCACCGGGCCGCCCCCGCCCCCACCCCUGCCGACGCCGAGGCCAGGCUCGGGCAGAUCGCCUCGGACGUCUUCAAGGUCUACUACCUCGGCCUGGACCCCGGCGCCAGGAUGCUCUGGGUCUGCCUCGACGCCGCCGUCAAGAACCGCGCCGUCUCCGCCGUCAACAUCGCCUUCGCGCUCCUGCCCGACGAGCAGCUCUACGACGCGCUGCUCGCGCAGAAGCUCCCGGCCCACCCCACCACCCAGCCCCAGGCCAUCGCCCGCGUCGAGUCCGCCAUCUUGGCCGUCAAGAUGCUCGAGGAGCACCACCUCCCGCGCUGCGUCGAGUGCCUCGUCGGCGGCCACGCCCCCGUCCCCGGCAAGCCCCGCGACCCGGUCGCCGCCGCCACCGAGAGCCUCGCCAAGGUCGAUCUGUCCGACGACCCGGACGCCACCGCCAAGACCCGUCACGUAGCCAGCGAUGGCGACGUGGACAAGGCGCUCGACUACCUGUGCCGCGCAAACCGGAUCACGGCCCUCGCCAUCAAGCACAUCGACCUCGCCGUCGCCGUCCUCUCCCGCUUCCUCGACCGCAAGGAGCUCGCCCGCCUCGCCAAGUUGACCGACCGUGGCGCCUACCUAGGAGUUGAGAUUAGCCAGCCCACUACUUCACCUGAUCCAUUGACGCUGUCGACAUGGGACUGAAGGGUGGUGGGAUCCCUUUUGAAGCCAUGCUCCUCCUAUCACUCAUUUAAUGACUUCAUCUAUCAUCUUCAGUCAUUAUAUAUGCAGACUUGUGGUUUCAGUUCAGUUUGGUCAGAUUUAUUUAGUGCUAUGCUACUACUAUCUGUUUUUGACUAAUUCCUGGGCGGCCGUGGCAAUUUAUAUUAGCUUCACUAUUAGGGGUAAUCUAUGUAUAGUAGUGUAAUGUUGAACUGCAUCUUAUCUAUGGGACGAUCGAAUCGAAUCGCAGGAGGUAUCUUAA